AUGAGCGCUCUCAAGGGUCCAACGAUGCCGACGGUCGUCCAGCAUUCGAACAAACGCCAAUUCCGUUGGUACAAUGUCUUCAUCAUCCUCUUCAUGUCACUCGGAUCCAUCGAGUAUGGGUACAGUGCUUCUAUCAUAGCGACUACUCUAGCUCAGCCAUCUUUCAUCUCCUACUUCGAGCUCGACACACGGGAAGAUGCUAGCACUCUGGCAGGCUUGAUGAACUCUCUGUACCAAGCUGGGGGCUUCAUAGGCGUCUGGACAGUCUCUAUAAUUGCCGACCGCUACGGACGCAAACAGGCCAUUGUCUACUGUGCAGUCGUGAAUGUGGUCGCGGCCGCAGGACUGACUGGCAGCACCGGCAUCGGCAUGUUCCUUGCCUUCCGCUUCGUGGCUGGCUGGGGCGGCUGGACCAUCGUCACGGCCAUCCCGAUCUGGAUGAACGAGGUUUCUCCGCCAAGCAUCCGUGGCAUUCUGGUGGACUGUCAUAAUGUUGGAUUCCUGCUUGGCUACAACGUCGCCACAUAUUUCGGCUACGCCUUCUAUCAUCUGCCGCCUACCAAUAAUUGGGGAUGGCGUGGCGGCAUGAUUCUUCAGCUGUUCUGGGUGUUGGCACUACUCAGUGGUAUCCAUUGGCUGCCGGAGUCUCCGCGAUGGCUGAUGAUGAAGGAUCGCCACGAGGAGGCCGCUCGAGUGCUACAGCGACUGCACAUGCCAGAGGAAGUUCUGGUCGAGGCGGCACAGAUCAGGCAAUCAAUCGAGGCAGAUCGCCACCACAUCAGCACAUGGUUGUCCAUGAUAGCCAAGCCAAGCUACCGGAAGCGCACGCUCUUCGCCAUGGGCAUGGCGCUUUCGAUCCAGACCUCGGGAAUCCUUGUUGUUACGAACUAUGGACCUACGAUCUAUGCUUCUCUGGGGUUCGACACGAACAAGCAACUUCUGUAUCAGAUCGGAUGGUGUGUGGUUGCACUCGGCACUGGAUUCAUGUCUUUCCUUCUCAUUGAUCGGUUCCCGCGCAACAAAUUGCUGUCUUUCGGUGUUGGAGGAUGCGCCAUGUGCUUAGCCAUAGUCUGUGGGUUGAUCGGGAAGUUUGCUUCUCCGCAGGCCCUCGAAAAUCCCAAUCAACCUGCGCUGAGUGCGACUAUUGCCUUCAUUUACUUGGUGAAUUGCUUCUAUCAACUCGGACUAGAUGGCGUGCAGUUCUGCUCACUUGGAGAAAUGUUUCCCAACCAUAUCCGUGCCAAAGGCGUCGUGGUGGGCGUGGCCACCAUCUGCGCUAUCAAUAUCGUUUGGCUGCAAGUUGCGCCCAUUGCUUUCGAAAAGAUUGGCUACAAAUUCUACCUCGUUUUCUGCAUCCCCGGUAUGGUUGCGGCAACCUGGCUUUGGUUCUACUUCCCAAAUACGCUAGGCAUGCCACUCGAGGAAGUGGCGAGACUGUUCGGGGAUGCCGAUGAGCUGUACUCGCAGCCAGAACUCAACACUGUCACUAUUCUUGAGAAGUCGCCCGAAGGCCUCGAGCAGUUGGAUGAUGCCAAGGCAACCCAUGUCGAGACAGCUUGA